AUGACGGAAGUUUCUAAACUAGUUAGUUACAACUGGAAGAAUGAACCCAAGGAGGUUAAAGCUGCAUACACCAAGAUUGCACAGGAAAUAGACAAAGAAUUUCAGGAAAGGAAGAGGAUAAUUAGAGGCUACAAAAUUGUUUGCGAUCCAAUUAUGACACUCGAUCCUGAUUUCCUGGAACCCAAGGAAGAUGAGAAACUUAUGGUGUCGAAUGAAUCAUCGGAAAUCACGACAAUUAGUAAUCCAAUGACUUCGCCAAUCGUCAAAAGGGAAAAGUUCGUCAACUGUCAUUCGCCGCAAUCUGUCUCCACCCCUGAAUCAUCAACGACAGAAUCUACUACUUUGGAUUCGGAUUCAGGUUCCGAACACGCCGAGCAGGAUUUCCCCCUCUUUGAAGAUAUGCACAAUGAAGUCCUUUAUAAUACCGAGCCGUGUUUGGAACAAUACGGAUAUCAACCUAAUUUGGAGCAAUUCGUUCAAUCCAACAUGAAUGUGUGUUACGUACCAGCUGAGGAACAGAUGGACCAGAUUUUGAUCGACGAAAAUUCUCACUGCACCUACACAACUUGCCUCAAUAACUUUGGCUUUCUCAGCACCUUUAGCAUCGAACAAGAUCCUUCAAUCUGCCAGGUUGAAAAUUAUGGGCAAUACCAGAAUUGGAAUCACGAAUUAUUUUAUUAA